AUGGGUGGUUCUAUGGCACUCGACAAAUUUUCGAUUCCACAACAGCACCCCUCGAAGAUCUGUUGCAGCGUGAUAACAUGGGUCCUCCUUAGAGCAAAGUUCCCACCUUCAAGUAGCCACCCAUUUCUCCCGGCCAUUUCUUCCCGUCCCAAAACCAAGGUCCUCCUUUCAAACCCAAACACACGUUCACUCCACCCUUUUGAGCAGAAUUCCUUGGUUUUCUCUCAAGGGUCUACCUCUGAGGCUAUCCGAUUCUUCGCCCUUUGUCAGUCUUCAUUCUUGUCUGUGGAAGGGGAUGAAUACAGUGAGACACAAAAACCCGCCUACCUUCCGAGUGUAACACAACUCAUCCAUGAAGAGAUUUCGAAUCUUACUAAGUAUUUAAUCCAAGAUAUCGGUAGCGAUUUGACCUUCUGCAUAAAGAACGUGAAUGAAGAUUUGAGCGGGGCAUUUAAUUUUACAAAUAAUAUUGAUUUCAUUACUACCUGUAUCAAGAAAACAAAAGGAGAUGUCACCCAGAGACUAUGUACAGCAGCAGAAAUAAAAUUUUACUUCAAUAGCCUAUUUUCGAAGGGGGGCAAAACCGGUCUUGUAAAAGUUAAUAAGAACUGCAAUUUGAAAUCUUGGAUUUCCGGAUGUGAACCAGGAUGGGGUUGUUUUGCUAACCCAGACCAGAAGUUUGAACUAAAAGAUGAAAAUAACAUGCCUUCCAGGACCACAGACUGUCAACCUUGUUGCGAAGGAUUCUUUUGCCCUAGAGGUCUUGCUUGCAUGAUACCAUGCCCUUUAGGUUCUUAUUGUCCACUAGCAACGCUGAAUAAAUCAACAGGAGUUUGUGACCCAUAUAAUUACCAAAUUCCUCCUGGAAUGCCAAAUCACAGUUGCGGUACUGCAGAUAUUUGGGCCGAUGUCGGAAGUAGUAGUGAUAUUUUCUGUUCACCAGGAUCAUACUGCCCUAAUACCCUUGAUAAAGUUUCUUGCAGUGAGGGGCAUUACUGCAGAAAGGGUUCCACUACCCAAAUUUCUUGCUUCAAAUUAACCACCUGCAAUCCAAAUACUUCGAACCAGAAUAUUCACGGUUAUGGAAUCAUGGUUUUCGUUGGACUCGGUCUUCUGCUGCUCAUUAUUUAUAAUUUCUCUGAUCAAGUUAUUACUACCAAAGAAAGAAGACAGGCUAAAUCCCGAGAAGCAGCAGCAAAGCAUGCGCGUGAAACUGCACAAGCUAGGGAAAGGUGGAAUGCGGCAAAAGAAGUUAUGGCAAAGGGGGGUUGGCAGGAGCACCUUUCAAGGACAUUUUCUCGAGCAAAAUCAAAAAAGCGAAUUGAACAGCAGAAGGCAUCGGGUGCAAUACCACAACCGCUAUCCGAGGAAGCACCAAAAGGUUCAAAAGAAAAGAAUAAGGAACCAGGCAACCUCACAAAGAUGUUGCAUUCCCUUGAAGAUGAUCCCAAGAGUCAUGAAGGUUUUGAUGUGAGUAUUGGUGGGAAAAAUGUGAAAAAACAACCUCCAAAGGGUAAAGACAUGCAUACGCAAAGUCAAAUUUUCAAGUAUGCCUAUGGUCAAAUUGAGAGGGAAAAAGCACAGCAGACACAGAACAAGCACUUGACCUUCUCAGGAGUAAUUUCCAUGGCUAUGGAUCACAAUAUCCGGAGCAGGCCUAUGAUUGAGAUUUAUUUUAAGGAUCUAACCCUUAGUUUGAAGAAGAACCACAAACAUCUGCUCAGGUGUGUCACUGGGAAACUCAGUCCUGGCCGUGUAUCCGCAGUUAUGGGCCCAUCAGGAGCCGGGAAAACUACGUUUCUCUCUGCUUUGACAGGGAAAACUGCAGCUGGAUGCGCUGUUACAGGCCUGAUUCUUGUGAAUGGAAAAAACGAACCUAUCCAAGCAUAUAGGAAAAUUAUUGGAUAUGUGCCUCAAGAUGAUAUAGUGCAUGGGAACUUGACAGUAGAGGAGAACCUUCAAUUCAGUGCAAGGUGCAGACUAGCUGCGGACCUGCCUAAAGCCGAUAAAGUUUUAAUUAUUGAAAGGGUUAUUGAGUCCUUGGGACUACAGGCAGUAAGGGAUUCACUUGUUGGGACAGUGGAGAAGCGAGGGAUCUCCGGAGGGCAGAAAAAACGUGUAAAUGUUGGACUAGAGAUGGUUAUGGAACCUUCUUUAUUGAUCUUGGAUGAGCCUACUACUGGUUUAGAUAGUUCUUCAUCACAGUUGCUCCUUCGAGCUCUUCGACGUGAAGCUCUUGAAGGAGUAAACAUCUGCAUGGUACUUCACCAACCAAGCUCUACCCUGUUCAAGAUGUUUGAUGAUUUAAUACUUUUAGCCAAAGGUGGUCUGGUUGCAUAUCUUGGACCUGUGAAGAAGAUUGAAGAAUACUUUUCCAGCAUAGGGAUCGACGUACCUGACCGUGUUAAUCCUCCAGACCACUUAAUCGACAUUCUGGAAGGGAUUGAGAAGCCAGCAACAGUGACCCGUGAACAGCUUCCUGUCCGAUGGAUGCUACACAAUGGCUAUCCAAUUCCCGUAGAUAUGCUCGAUUUGACUGAAGGACUUUCAACACCCUCCGGUUCAAAUCCAAAUACUUCUGGUGGUCAUGAUGGAGGACAAUCAUUUUCUGCAGAAAUGCCUGAAGAUUCAAAGAGUAGUCUCUCGAUCUCGAAAUCUAAAGACUUAUCAAACAGAACAACACCGGGUAUAUAUCGCCAGUACAAAUACUUCCUUGCCAGGGUUCUUAAACAGAGACUAAGAGAAGCUCAGAUGCAAGCCAUCGAUUUAAUGAUCCUACAACUUGCCGGAGCCUGCUUAGGAACUCUUGCAAAAGUCACGGAUGAAACACUUGAUGACAGCGGCUACACAUUUUCAGUCAUUGCCGUGUCACUGUUAUCGAUGAUCGCAGCAUUGAGAUCGUAUUCGCUCGAUAAAUUAGAGUACAAAAGGGAGACGGAAGCCGGGAUCAGCCGUCUAGCUCAUUUUCUAGCCAAAGACACGAUCGAUAUGUUCAACGUGAUUAUAAAACCAGUGGCGUAUUUAUCAAUGUUCUACUUCUUCAACAAUCCAAGAUCAACCUUUCAAGAUAACUAUGUCAUACUGACGUGCCUUGUUUACUCUGUCACUGGUAUGGCUUACGUAUUAGCCAUUGCCUUUGAACCUAGUGUGGCCCAACUGUGGGCAGCGCUUGUUCCUGUUGUUUUGACCCUAGUUGCAACCCAGGGAAAAGAUAGUAUAGUUCAGCAAUAUUUUGGCAGAUUUUGCUACACCAAAUGGGCUCUGGAAGCUUUUGUCAUUGCAACUGCUGAAAGGUACUCUGGAGUUUGGCUAUUAACUCGUUGCAAAUCGUUGGAAGGUGGGGGUUAUAGUCUCCAUGACUACCCUAUUUGUUUAUUUGUCCUUGUUGUCAAUGGCGUUAUCGCACGCAUUGCAGCUUUCGUCAUACUUGUAACCAGAUGA